GGGGUAUCCCCCCCCCCUCCCUCUUGACCCUCAAGAAGUCACCUGGAUUGGGAAGAUAAUGACUUGUCAGCAGUGAUAGCAGAGAGGAAGAGUCGGAAUUGAUGGUUGUGGAGAGGAAUUUAAGAAGUGGAUUUGUGAAGAGACGACGUGGGGAGGGGGAGCAGCUGAUCGAAGGAGGAAGAAGAGGCGAGGAAGAGUAUGGGCUGCUCUCCUGUGUGGAUCUUGCUACUGUCCCUUUCUCUCUCUCAUCAAAGUGUUGCGGCGCAAGCUGAAGCAUGCAGGACGGUGGUGCAGGCGGACGUAGUGUUUCUGGUGGAUGAGUCAUGGAGUGUGGGUCAGAAUAGCUUCUCCAGAGUCAAAGACUUCAUCUCAGCCAUCAUCUCCUCCUUUCAGGACAGCGUGGUGGGAGCUGAGGGGGUUCGCUUUGGAGUCACUGUCUUCGGGGAUGUUGCGAGGAUGCGAGUUGCUUUGACAGACUACAGUUCGCUAGAGGAGGUCCUCAGAGCCGUCCGUGACCUCCGCUAUGAGGGUGGAUCCAGGAGAAUCGGCACUGCCCUUCAAUUUCUGGUCGAAUCUGUUUUCAGCCCCGCCAUCAGUCGAGAUUUUGCCCCAAAGAUUGCUGUUUUGAUCACAAACGGACGCUCAGACGACCAGGUUGAUGCUGCAGUCAGAGCAGUAGCUGACAAUGGAAUUUCUCUCUUUGCAGUAGGUGUCAGGGGAGCUGAUGAGUUCGAGCUGAGGAGGAUUGUGUCGGAGCCAUACGAGGAGCAUCUAUUGGCGGGCGCUGACUUCUCUCUACUGGAUACCGUCCUCCCCAAACUGUCCCGCAGAGUGUGUUUUACUGCCUCUGAACCACCACGUCCUGUGAGAACUUCCCAGCCCACUGAAGAACGGGUGGUCGGACCCAGAGACCUGCAGAUUAGUGAACUGGCCCACAGUUCCGUCAGACUGACAUGGAGCCAGGCAACAGGUGACGUCACUGGAUAUCGUCUCCUCGUCGCCCCUGUGAACACCAAGGGACACCUCCUCCCCCUGCAGCAGAGGCAGAUGGAUCUGAAGGCAGAUGUGAGCACAGCAGUGGUGACAGAGUUGAGUCCUAAAACAGACUAUUCCCUCACAGUGUAUGCCAUCUACCCGAGCCUCAUAGGAGACUCUGCGACAAUCACUGUGAAGACAACCCCUUUGCCUCAGGUGUCAAACUUCCGUGUUAUUGAGGAGGGUCUGUUCUCUCUACGCCUCGGCUGGACACCUCCUCUGGGGAAGCUCAAUGGAUUCAAGAUCUUCAUCCCAAGAUCCAACAGACCAGGAUUAACUUAUGAGCAGCUGCUUCCUGGAGACACUUCCUCUCAUGUGAUUGACAGUCUGGAGGAGGAUAAGAAGUACACCAUCAGUAUUUAUGCUGUUUACCCCCAAGGACCAAGCGAACCGGUUUCAUUAGUUGGCAAGACAUUAAAGUUGGUACCAGUUCAGCAGUUCCUGGUCCAGAACGCCACUACAGACACUGUCCAAGCGAGGUGGGCAUCCAUCAGAGGUGCUACAGGAUACAGACUGACAUGGGCUUCCCCAGAUGGCCACAUAGAGAAUGUAAACCUCGGCGACAACUUCAACUUCUACAUGAUCCAGGGCCUCCACACCGGCUCUGAGUACACCGUCACCAUCAACCCCAUCUUUGGAGACAUCGAGGGGCCCAUCACCACCGUCAAAGUCAAGACGUUGGAAAGUAGUGCAGUUCAGACUCUGAAGGUUUCUGCUGUGAGCACCAGUGCUGCAGUGGUCUCAUGGAACAGUGUCCCCGGGGCCACAGGAUACAGACUGGCAUGGGGACCCACACCAGAGUUUGUGGGUCGGGAUCGUCCCAGGCAGUUGGCUCUGAACGGCAGCACCACAGAGUACCAGCUGAAGAAUGUAGCUCAUGAUACGGAGUACGUCCUGACUCUGUACGUGCUGUUUGGAUCUGUGGUGGGGCCUGGUAUAAGCGCUACCUUCAGAACUUCUCCUUUGGGCUACGUGUCCAACUUCAAGGUGACAUCCUACACGAGUACCUCUAUAGAUGUGGAGUGGAGUCCUAUCGUAGGAGCCACUGAGUACAGACUCUCUUGGAAUACAGAUGAUGGCAAACCUCAGUCCCAUUACCUGGACCGCAGUGUCCUCUUCCACCGUAUCAAAGAUCUGAACCCACAGUCCACCUACACAAUUACCAUCCGUGCAGUUUACGGCAACGCGGAGGGACCUGAUAUCUCCUUAUCUCAGCUCACAGCUGCAGUUUCAGACUCAGAGCGAAUCCAGGCAGUGAGGGAGGUGAAGGUUGUGGACAUUGGAGUAAAUUCCUUCACUCUGUCUUGGAGGAAAACAUCAGGAGCUUCUGGGUACAAAAUCUCCUGGAUCCCCUUCCUUGGGGGGGAAGAGAAGUCCCACGUGGUAUCUGCUGCUGCCACCACUUUCACCAUCCGCAACCUGCGGGAGAGCUCGGCUUAUAAGAUCCAGGUGUCCUCUGUGGCGGGCAGCAGGGAAGGAAGUGCAGUCCUGGUCACAGCACGUACACUGGAUCUUCCAAAAGUGGAUGGAUUCGCUGCUCUGAAUACAACAGACAGCAGCACUGUUCUAAACUGGACUCGUGUGGCAGGAGUCUCUGGAUACCUCCUGUCCUGGAGGCACAUCUCAGUGUUGGAGACUAAAACAGAGAAGCUGGGUCCUGGCUUCAACUCCUACAAGAUCGGUGAUCUUCUGUAUGGUAGAACCUACAUUUUCACCAUCAGACCUGUGUAUGGAGAGGUGGAGGGUCCUAUCAGCACUGUUUAUCAGAGAAUAUUGGGACAAGAUGAUCCCGUUAUAACAGUCCAGCCUGUGCAGGCUACGGUGGCGCCUCAUUCCCCACACAUCACGACUGCCUCCCGCACUGCCUCCAUCAUCAACACGACCGUCGCGCAGUCAACCACCAAGACCACCCGGCACCCCGUCGUCGUUGCACCAACUAAGUCCGUAACAACCAAGAAGCCUCCAGGUCAGCCACGAGUCACUGAAGCCAAAGUAGCAGCAGCCACCUCCCCACGAUUAACCACACUGAGCACAGAGACAACAACUCAGCCACGACCAGUGUGUGCAAAGACCAAAGCAGACAUAGUAAUCUUAGUGGAUGAGUCAUCAAGCAUUGGCGCCAACAACUUCAUCAAGAUGAAAGACUUCUUAUUCCGAGUGGCCACUUACUUCCCUGUUAUCGGACCACAGGGCACGCAGUUAGCCGUGGUUCAUUACAGCGACGAGCCUCGAAUUGAAUUCCGUCUAAGUGACUUCAAAGACAGGAACUCUAUGCUCAGGGCUCUCAGAGCGCUGCGUUACGGAGGGGGCAACACCAAAACAGGAAAAGGCAUCAGCUACGUUCUGCAGGAGCUGUUCCAGGAGUCUCUGGGGAUGAGGCAGGAUGUGGCCCAUGUUCUGGUUCUGAUCACAGAUGGCAGGGCCCAAGAUAAUGUGUUGCCACCCUCCAGGAUUGCACGUGCUUUAGGAGUCAGCGUCCUUGCAGUUGGAGUUUCUAACGCAGACAUGGAGGAGCUGAAUAAAAUAGCAGCUCCCACCAGCUACAAGAAUAUUUUCUACUCGCCGACCUUUGAUGACUUCCCCUCCAUAGAAAGAGAAUUUAUCAGCAGCAUCUGUAGCGAGGAACUCCUGUCUGAGUUCAAACUAAAUGAUGAGUUUGCUCAGCUAGACACCCCAACUGAUGACCCAGAGGAGCCAGAGGAGCUGAUUAAGCCUGAGGGUCCCUGCUCCUCCCAAUGUGUGAAGGGCCAGAAAGGGGAAAAGGGAGAUGGUUUUGGUGUUGGAGGUCUGAAAUUCAGGCAAAGCCCUGGACAGUAUGACCCUUUCACAUCUUCCAAAGGAGAGAAAGGCGAGAGGGGACCUCCUGGAACAGAUGGUAUUCCUGGGUUGCCAGGACGACCAGGAAGAACUGGACCCCCGGGUUCUGCUGGCCAACGGGGCCCUCCAGGCGUUUCAGGUGACAUGGGUCUUCCUGGACGCACAGGUCCAAAGGGCCAGAGAGGAGAAAGAGGGGAGCCUGGAUACGUCAUAGCCGGCACUGAUGCAAGUUUUGUGCCCGGACGAAAAGGAGAACCAGGAUCUUCUGGUCCUCAGGGACCUCCUGGUGUAUCAGGGGUCAACGGUUCUCCAGGCCUGCCUGGCCAGCCAGGACCACCAGGGCCACCAGGAACACCUCUUAAGGGAGAUCCUGGAGAACCAGGAGCAAAAGGUUUACGUGGUAAACAAGGCGCGAAAGGAGACAAAGGAGAUUCUGGAAAAGAUGGUAUUGCAGGGUUGCCUGGUCCCAUUGGCAUUGAUGGGGUGCCAGGAUUACCAGGUCAGAGAGGAGAGAAGGGUGACGAAGGAGUUGGCAUUCAAGGUAUUCAGGGUCCUCGUGGAGAACCAGGAGAGAAGGGAAAUAUUGGCUUAAUCGGACCAGCUGGCCCAAAGGGUGAACGUGGAGAGCAGGGCAUCCAGGGAAUCAUCGGACCUCGGGGAAAAAAGGGAUUCAAAGGGGAGCAAGGGGACAAGGGAGAACAAGGAGAGAUGGGACCAACAGGGCCACUAGGACCCACAGGACUUACGGGGCCGAUGGGGUUAAAAGGAGAUGAAGGUCCAAGAGGAGUCCCUGGAGAUCCUGCCAAGGGAAUAAUUGGUCCAACUGGAAAAAAGGGCGCCAGGGGAGACGUCGGUCCAGUCGGUCCAACAGGCCCUCAGGGAAUAAAGGGGGAACGAGGAGAUAAGGGAGAAAAGGGUAGUCCUGGCUUUGGGAUUCCAGGACAGCAGGGACCAAAGGGAGAAAACGGCGAGAGGGGAAAUGUUGGUUUAUCUGGAAAACCAGGACCAAAGGGGCAGGACGGCUUUAAAGGUGACAGGGGGAGUCCUGGUUCACCUGGCAAUCCUGGAGAACCAGGAUUAAGAGGUAAAGAUGGCGCACCUGGAGCUAAAGGAGAACAAGGAAUUAAGGGUGAACUAGGACCAGCUGGAGAACCUGGCGACAGAGGAAUCAGGGGUCCACUGGGGUUACCGGGACGACCAGGGGACCCUGGAGAAAAAGGCGAUUCUGGGAAGCCUGGUCUGUCUGGCACUGAGGGCAUCAAAGGUGACAAAGGAGAGCCGGGAAAACCUGGGCCUCCGGGAACACAAAUUAUUACAGACAACAACAUUCUGACCAGAGUGAUUAAGGGUGAGCCAGGAGAGCCCGGUCAGCCUGGUUUGAGAGGAGAAACGGGUCUACCUGGGCCAAGAGGUCCAGAAGGAAAACCUGGAUUACCAGGAACGUCUCUGGGUGGUUCAGGAGUUGAUGGUUUACCAGGAAAGCCAGGAAUGAAGGGUGAUGAAGGGCCAAAAGGAGAGCUUGGUCUGAAAGGAGAUAAAGGAGACCAGGGCCGGAUUGGGAUCGCUGGGAUGCCUGGUUUACCAGGAACUGCUGGGAGACCUGGCAUUGAUGGGAAGAGAGGCCUGCCAGGAAAAGAUGGAGAAAAGGGACCCAAAGGAGAUGACGGCAAAAAGGGGGACAAGGGAGACGCAGGGGCAAAUGGCACAGAUGGCAGUAAGGGGGAACCAGGACCUCCAGGUUUGCCUGGUAGGCAAGUGCUUGUCACUUCUGAGGGCGCCACCAUUGACGAAAUCCGACAAGCAUUUCCAAUCCCAAUGGGUCCUCCAGGAGCCACUGGUUCUCCGGGAAUAAAGGGUGAUAAAGGAGAAAGAGGCCUGAAAGGAGAGAAGGGCGAUAAUGGAGCUCCUGGAAAAUCUCUAGAGAUGAAGGACAUUGAAGCGAUGUUUGAAGCCUAUGGUAUAAGGCUGCCUUUGCUGAAGACGUUGAUUGACAGGUUGCUGCAGGAUGGAAUAGAGGAACUGCUUCAUGUGCUCAGCACCUCCAAGAAAACAAAAGAAAACACAGGGACUCACACCUCCAACAUCAUCACCGAGUACACAAGUUCUGUGAAGUUUGACCUCAGCAGUCAGCCGCUGGACACCAUUGAGGACCCUGAUUUGGAUGGCCAUCUUCCUGAGUCUUUGUCAGUUGAUCCAUUAAAUGAAACCUCAGAGGUUCCUACUUUAUGGAGCGUCACCACACUGAACGGAGAGCAGGAGUUCAACACGAUCGAGGCCAGAGGGAAGCAGAUAGUAGACUGGGACAGUGACAAAGUGCCUUCGCUCAAAAUUAAUUUCACUGUGGUCAAUUCUACUUUCAAUUACACUACAACCAAAGAGACGGUUUCAGGGUUACCUGAAACUGUGGUGGAGACUGUUGUCCUCACUCAGGAGGACUCACUGAAGAAGAGUUCAGGAGCAAAGAAGAAGAACAGGGAACGUGGGAAAGGCAAAGGAAAUAAAGGACGACAUAAGAGGCAGAGACAACGCCUGACAAAUGAAGAGGACAAACAAGAAGAGGAAGAGUUUUAUGACGGUGAAGAAUACAAUUACGAAUAUGAGGAGGAAGUUUCCCUCGAUGGCCCUCCAGUCUCUAAGGAGAGAAGAGAAAACCGACAGCUUGAAGUCCAAACAGAUGAAACCCCCCAUCAAGUGGAUGAAAAGGGGGAACAGUUACCCACGCACAAUCCUGCCCAGUUAGAAACCUCCAGUCCUCCUGUUACAUUGUUCUCAGACCGAGAAACAGACACACAGGUCAUCUCAACAACCACAGAGCCGCUAUCUAAAGCCCUGGAUGAUACAGAGGAGGAUGAAGCGUCACUGCCGACGCCCCCCGUUGCAACAGAAGAACCAGAUAAGGAAAUCUCUUAAUUCCCAAGAGACUGAGACUAUAGAGUCUUAAUGAAUCAUAAGAAAGCACUGCACGGAGAGUGUGAAUAAACUGUGAACUCUGGGGAUGAAACCUGAACCCAACCAACGUUUCAUGAGGGGGGACUUCUUUCCACACAGAGACAAUGUCACCCACCCAAACCUAUGGCCAUACCCAACGUCAUCUCCUGCAGUGUGAACACCAGUGUAGCCUUACCUACCUUUUCAAGAACUCUUAAUUUAUUUAUUACAAGCAUUUCUCUGUAACUGAUACAGCAAUAAACUUCCUCGAGCAUUUACCAACAGUUUCAACACAUAUUUACUUGUGCUGAGUUGUAUGGAAAUUUUAUUUAUUGAAACUUGGAGAAAAGUUUGCUUUUUUAACACCAAGUAUCAUUGAUAUUAUUCAGAAUGUAGUGGUACUAUAUGCAGUUUUGUAGCCAGAUCAAACACUGUUUUCACUGGUGAAAUUUUUCUUUGUUAUUGCAAUGUCAGUGUUUAACCUCUCUGUGCAUGUAUGCUUCAGUAAAAAUGUUAAAAUAA